CCAAAGGACAAAUGAGUCUUGUUUGUUUGUUUUAAUUUUCCAGUUUGCAGUCAGCCUUCUAAUUAGUGUGGAUUUCAUACAUUUUAAAAAUUUUAUUUAUGAUUUGGUUUUGGCUGGUAAUUUGUAGUCUGAGUGGAGUCAUAUGUGAACAUUUUCUAGCUCAGGCUCUCUAUAAAUUUUCACCACCUGGUGCAGUGGGGAGAAAAGGUUCAGCUGGAGAUCCUGGUGAAAUCUGGAGCUGCAUGUAAGACUGGUGUUUGGUUAGGAUCUAUGUAAAUGUAUUGCUGGAAGCAUGAGGACUUGGAGACAGCCGCUCUACUGUGAGCUUCACUUGCAACCUCCAGAAAUGAAACCUAAGUGCUUUCCAUGAAGGAUAAAACCAGUCAUCUCUUCUGAGCCACCAGAGACAAUGGAAGUGAGAGAAGUGAAGGAGUUAAAGAGCUGAAGGGUUUGUCACAUGGUCUCACUUGGGGCAAUGUCCACUUUUACCCUGCUGGGGUUCUCAAGCCAGUCUUUGCUGUGAUGGUCCUCUGAGCAAUGCCCACCUGGGACAAGGCUGAAGAAUGAGAUCAAUGGCUCAAUGAGUGGCUGGCUGCCUUUUAUCCUGCCUAAGAAGUAAAUGAGAGAAAGGGCGGUGAAAAAAACGAAAGAAAAUCCCUGCCAAGCUGACUCAGCAUAUUUCACACUGUUAAGCUUUGAACUGUAAACACAGCAUUUGCACCUUUUGUAUAUACUCCGCGUUCCCAGCCAGGACUCACCUUGGUGCCACUUUUCAGCGCAGCAGCCUGCAGUACGUCACCCAUGAGCACUGCGAGUGAAAAAGCCAGCUCGGGGGGCGAGGAGAAAGCCUGGAGGAUGAAGAGUGAGACACAGGGGGAGAGCAAAUACAUGGGAGAGCCCAAGAGGGGACGAGUGAUCCUUGUCGCCUACCUGAUAGCAACCAUAGAGCUGACCUUCUUGUUCAUGCAGCUUGGAGUCAUGCCUUACUUGGCAAAGAGCCUGGGUUUGGAUUCGGUGGGGUUUGGCUACCUCCAGACAACCUUUGGUGUCCUCCAGCUCGUGGGAGGUCCCAUUUUCGGAAGGUUUGCAGAUCAGUUUGGUACCCGAGCUGCCUUAAUUCUCUCCUGUGCCUCUGGAAAUGUCUUCUUCCUGCUCCUGUCUAUCUCCACCACCAUCCCCAUCCUCUUCCUCUCCAGGCUGCCAGCUGUGUUCAUGCAUGGGCUACCAGGUGCUCAGAAGGUCAUUACAGACCUGACAGCUCCUUCCCAGCGUGCUGAUGCUCUGGGGAAGCUGGGUCUUUGCUUUGGAAUAGGAAUCAUCAUCGGCUCUGCCCUGGGAGGCAUCCUCUCCACCAAAUUCGGCAUUUUUGCUCCUAUAUAUGUCGGGCUGGUGGGAAGUCUCAUCAACACCAUGAUAGCAAUGGUUUGGAUCCCUUCACCAGCUAAAUCAAAGUCAGAACAUGAUGAGGCAGAGCACAGCACAUCACAGUCUGGCAGUGUGUUCAGCAUCAGAGAAAUCCUACGCCUGAUGAAGUUUCCAGGAGUAAUGGAAAUUUUCUUAGUCAAGGUCUUUUCUGGAUUUCCCAUAGGUUUGUUCCUGAUUAUGUUUUCCAUCAUCUCGAUGGAUUUCUUUGGCUUGGAAGCAGUGGAGUCUGGCUACCUGAUGUCAUAUUUUGGUGUCCUUCAAAUGGUUGUGCAAGGUCUGGUGGUUGGGAAGCUCAGUAAGCACUGCACAGAGAGGACCCUGCUCAGGCUUGGCGUCCUCGUCUUCGCCGGCGUCGGCCUGGGCAUGGCCCUGAUGAGGACUGUAUGGCAUUACUGCAUCAUUGCCUUGCCACUGGUGUUUGCCUUCAGCAUGCUGGGCACCAUCACCGACAGCAUCCUCACCAAGGCCGUCCCCUCCUCCGAUACCGGUACCAUGCUGGGGAUCUGCGCGUCAGUCCAGCCCCUGACACGGACGGUGGGCCCAACCAUUGGUGGUGUGUUGUACAAACGAUUUGGAGUCCACUCCUUUGGCUAUUUGCAGCUAAUUGUCAAUAUCGGGUUGUUUGUUUACCUCUUAAAGAGUAAAAUCCCGCUGAGAGAGCAGAAAACCCACUGAUUCAGAUGCACCAAAGCUGCCCCCCUUACUUUUCCCAUAGCAAUAAAGAAGACUGUGGCAUUGUGCUUUCUUUUUGAGGACACAAAUGUGGAAUAAAGCACUUUCAACAGCU